ACACGAGCACAUAUCAGAUUUGGUUUGGGAAAUUGCAAAAAAAGGCCACAAUCUGAGAUUUGCGCCAAAAACCAGCCGAGGCAUUUCCUUCAGCCCUUGGGAUAUCAACUGAUCCUUUGUGGCCAUAGUUUGGGUGCUGGCACGGCCUGUUGCCUCUCCAAGAUCUUGCAUGAUCGGUUAUUCUACACCAGACCUCAUAUGCUCCGAUGCUUUGCCUAUGCCACACCUCCCUGCUUAGAUAAAAACACGGCCUUGUCGAUGGUUCCUUACACAACAUCCGUAGUCCAUCAUGACGACUUUGUGACCCGGGCUUCUCUCUAUAACGCCAAGUUGAUGAGUACGAUUUGGAAGGAAGCGAAGCGCUUGAUGGACGAUGACGAAUUUGAGGAGUGUGACCCGUUGUCCGUAGUGCAUCGCUUGCAACGCAUCGUAAAGUUGGACCCCAAGGAUGAUUUGUUUGUGGCAGGCCGGGUGGUGUUCGUCUACAAGUUGGGAUACCCUCGGCGCAGGGAUCCCGUGCAGUACAAGGCCACUACCAAGGAUGGGACUCUGAGCCGACUUCGAUGCUUUUCCUUCUCCCGAACUUCCCUGACGGACCACAGUUGUUCCAGAUACAUUGCUGCGCUGGAACAGGUGGCCUCGCGCCUCAUCGGAACCACUGGCCGAAGUGCUGAAGAGUUCCAGCCAUGGGGCGAGGAUAAGCAAAUUGGGCCACAAGACGCUCCACAUUGCAACAUUUUUUUCGAGGACACACGUUUCUCGUCUCCGCAACCUCUUCCCUGCGGGCCCCCGGUGACUCCGGUGCUGCCCACGUUGUUGACAUCACGUCAACCACAGGGACUCCACGAUGGCAAGAGCCAGUGUUAAAA